AUGCUGACCACGACAUUAACUAUCGCACGCACGGUCCGCGUUGGCCUGCGCCCCACCCCAAUCACCACCACCACGAGCAUGGCGUCUCGCUUCCUCACCACCACGCCACGCAUCCUCUCCUCACGGCCAGACACACUCUCGGGUGUGCGCGAGGACCGCUCGCACGGCCCGAUCCCCGGAGCGCACCCAUCCCCUGAGAUCAACGUCGCCCGCACGCGCUCCACGGUGCGCGUGCUCGUGCCCUCGGUCGGCCUGAUGCUCGGCUUCAUCGGCUGGUGGUUCCUCGGCCACAACGACCGGGACCACCGCAAGGAAUCCAUCGACGUCGGCCCGGACGGCUUCAACAAGCUCAAGGGCUCCAAGCACCGCGCCGCCCAGCAGCUCAAGGACGGCGUCCGAAACUCCGACGGCUCCCUCGCCGCCUGA